ACAGCAGGAUGGGGGGGUAGGUAUCGGAACAUGAGCAGAUUACUAGCAGGUGAUUUGCUUCACGUGGUGCAGAACCCAACAUGGAGUGAACGGGAGCCGGUCUCGGCAGAGAGACUCCGAUCGGCCAUCACCAUCAGCAGUAAAUGCCAACCGUGGCCUCCCGUCCGUGCCAGCCAUCACCAUGUCACGAGUGUCCUCCUCCUCGACAGGCACCAAGCGAGUGGGUUCCUACUCCAGCUCCGCGAUGACCUCCCACUAUGGCUCAUCCUACCACAGUUACACACCCAGCCUGGCCACGGGCUACGCCGCCCGGAGUGCCGGGACGCGACCGACCAGCAAAUACUCACUGGAUACGGACCGGGGCCGGCCGCUGCCGCGCACAGACACACUGAGCCGGCGGAGCGAGAGCCUGAGCCGCACCCCCAUCAAGGCCUUUCCCACCGGACUGAGCGGAGGAUAUUCUGGGAGUUAUGGAUACGGCACAGGGAGCGUUCAACCGUCCAGCCUGGCGCUGAGCCGAAGGAAGUCUUUCAGCCAAACCGAGCUGAACUGUGACUUGCUAAACCUACACAUCACCGAUUCCUACCAUCACCAUCACCUGAGCUCUGGCAAGGGCUCCGGCCUAUCCCGCCAGGAGCUUGAUCCCCAUCCCAGGGCUUACCGGGGGGCUUCCCGCCCUGAGGGGCUGGAGGGGGGCAGCACUGGUGGGUACACCCUACCCCGCACCAGCACCGCACAGGACACCAUCACCGCAGCCUUCAAAACCAGCGAUCGCUUUAGCCCGUCCUGGGAGAGGAGCUCGAGGACAGACAGCAGGGAGAUGGCGGUGAGUGGAGGCUGGUGGGGGAGUGGGGUAUGA